ACUACCUGCUCUUUCCGCUCUUUAAGAAUUAAAUUACGAGAAAUCUCUUAUUGGAUUUUGGAAGUCGCUAUUAUGCCAAGACCCGAUAAUCUCCAGAUGUACAUUUGACGUUUAUGAAAGCAUUCCGGUUUCUAUGAAUGCAACUAGGAUCGACGAUUCGCAAUAUGGAAGAACUUCUCACCCCGGUGAGCCAGACCUACCGAAAACCAAUUCAUCAUGAUGAAUUAUUGGAAAUUUCAAAACCAGUCAAGUCUGUCAUAUCAGUAGAAGUAGAGUUCCAUGGCUCAUCGCCGGAGGAAGUUCUCGAUGCCCUCAAAAGUCAACCGGGUUACGAUUCUCUUAUAUCCAUACUGAAGUACCUGCAAAAAGGCACACAAUCCAACCAUGACUUUGAUAUCCGAAAGCCUACGCCUCAAAGUGCUCAAAUAAUACACACAUUAGUUACAGAGAUCGUCCCGAACUAUUGGACCAUCUUAAGGGAUGCAUCCAUAGACCGAAGUAAAGGAGAUGUUCAUCUAUUGAUUUCCUCUUUGAAGAGUAUCACCGGUAUCAAUGCCCUACUAGCAUUCUUACGUGCUCUCUUGAAGGAGGCAAAGUCAGACCUAAAAUCCCUGAAGGACUCUCACGUUUGCUUCACUCUGAGCUUUAUCCUAGAAUUACUAUCUCAAAUCCUACAAUCUGAUGAUGACAUAAAACGGAUAUGGGAUAUUAAUAAUUCAUUACAUAAUCAGACUCAAAUUCGCCCCUUGCGCCAAGAACUCAUAUCGUUAUUUACGAACGGAAAGAUUGUUUCUUUAUCCGCAGAGGCUGAGGACAUUUGCAGACAAGCUGGUCAACUGAAGAAUGACAUCUGGCUCAGUAAUACUAAGCUAUACGUCGACUGGGUUGCCCAAAAUGUGGUACUAUGGGUUCGGUCAGGGGACAAUGACGAUGACCUUAAGCUAUGUGCCGAAAUAUCAACGCGAGCAAUGCGAUUAGCGAAUGCAGAGAUCUUUGUCAACAAAUUGAUUACGGGUCUACUUCUUCAGGAUAUCGAUAGCCUGCCACUGCCACUAUUUGAGAAAUUUCUGGGGUUCUUUCCACCUCUUGAUCAUCGCAAAAUAUUGGGUUUAAUUCUCAAGCUGCUCCCAGAUAAAUAUUUGAAUACCGUGGAUGGUAGUGAUCCAACGAAGGACGCUAAACUCAUAUCAGCCGCAUCUGGUGUUUUAAAGACAGUUGUGGGAAAUGACGAGGCGCGGAAGACCAAUCUCAUUUCUUGGUUAACCAGCGGGUCCGGUGCCGGAAUUGGUGAAGGUUAUGGAGUACGACGAGCUGCUGUUGCCGUCUUUUCUGACGAUAAAGAGUCUAUGGUGGUUAUUCUAGAGAGAAGCCUUGCUCAAUUCGGCGACAAAUUAUAUAUUAAACAUGCCCCGUUACUACAGCAAGAUGCGCACGCCCAAGUCCUAUUGCUUAGUGUCGGAUAUGUUCACAGACUCGUGCCAAUCAAACUUACCAUGCUAUCACGAUCAAGCCCUUAUUUAAAUGCCGUUUCUAAUCGUAUUGCUGCAUCUCAAAACCGUGCUCGGUUUCUAGGGAUGGUGGUUGGCGAGGCACUCUCCGGACUCGUACACGGUAAAGAGACAAAGCUCGAUUUCAAGAUGGAUGAGAUGGACACGGAAGAAGCAAGAUGGUAUAAAUCUUUGGUCCGGAUAUCGGAUAAAGUUGGUUCUCUAGAUCCAUUAAGACAACUGACCAUGUCGCGGAAACCUACGAGCAAACCUAAGCCAGCAAGAUCUUCAGCAACCCCAACUCAACUACCUAGAAAGCAACCUACCCAAUCAGGAUUUAUCAUAGAAGAAAUUGAGGAUGAGGAGGAGGGAGAGGAUCCAGACUUAGUGCCGUAUGCGAAAAUAGAUUCGGACGCCGAGGACUCAGACGACGACCCCACACUCAUCAAUCGCGAUAAGCCAAAGGCUCCCGUUUACGUUCGAGACCUUAUUGCUUAUUUCAGAGACACGGAAAAUUAUGACAAGCAAAAGUUGGCGUUGAUGACGGCUCCUACGUUAAUUCGUCGAAAGGCCAACUAUGGCACUGAGGUUAGUUCACAUGCAGAUGAACUAGCUACCCUUCUUGUCGGCCUUCAAGAUAAAUAUGAUCUUGACAACUUCGAUGAACUACGCCAACAAGGCAUGAUCGCUGUCGUAGUUGCACAACCUAAAAUAAUGGGGCAGUGGUUUGCGAAGACAUUCUUCGACGGCGACUACUCACUCUCACAGCGAGCAUCUAUACUCAUCGUACUCGGUCUCAGCGGUAGAGAAAUAGCAGGUUUCGAAACAUCCGAGUACACUUCAGCCGCGCAAUUUCCCUCCAAAGUUUUACCAUCUAAAGUCGAGAAGCACUAUAUAACACAUUCGUCAUCGAAUAGGCUCGAGUCUUCAACAACCGGUCUCAAGCCUCUCCCAUCAAAUGCGCUAGAUAACCUAGCUCAAACCCUCUCGCAGACCUUCCUCGCCCCCCUAGCCGCAGAAGCAGCCGAUUCAGCAACAGGCCCAGACACGCUAAAACUCUCGUCCUUCACCUCACGUCUAAACUCGCAAUCCCCCAACCAAGCAAGAGGCAAAGCGAAACCGCGCAUGCGUGCCAUUCCCAAUACAACCGCCUCCCUCAUCGCCUCGUCGUUCUUCUUCCCGCUAACCUCUCGUUUCCAAGCGGCGAUGCACUCCGCAUCUGCCACUACGCGGGGCAUCCUAUUCCAGCCGUACCUCCUAACUCUCUACCUCAAGACCCUCGCGCUCCUCCUCCACGCCGCUGGACCAAGCACCCUCGCCUUACCCCAGAUGACGGCCGAGUUCUGGGACCUGCUCCUCGGGGUCCGCGGCCAGUGCGCGGGUGACCUGGGUGUCACGCAGGCCGUGCUAUUCGGUCUCAUGGCCCUGCUCGACGUGAACGAGGCCGACAUGCGGGGACUCUGCGAGAGACACGGCCGCGAGGCCAUAGAGAGUGUGGAGUGGGUCGGCGCUGUGUUUAGCAACACACGCGGCGGCGAUGUUGGUGUUACUGGCGAAGGGGGCGAGGAGAACGAGGUCAAGAUGUUGGCUGCGGGUGUGCUAAUUAGGCUUCGUGAGGCGGUGGACAAGUAUCAGGCCGUACUGAUGGGGGAUCUCAUUGGGUUUACAUAGAUUGAUAGCCGGAUUAGAUGCCUUUAUACUAGAGGAAUGUGGAUAUAUGCAUUUUAUCU